CGUAAACUUUUUCCAGUUUCCACACAACUAUCAGCAACAGACACAGAUCUCUCACUUGUGUCCUGUCGUUUUAAGAAGAAGGAGAAGGAUCCGAUCAUGGGGAAGGCGUUGGUGAUUCUGAACUGCGUUUUGCUUGGGAUCGGAAACUGCGGAGGACCUCUCAUGUCGCGUCUCUACUACAACAAUGGCGGAAAAAGCGUCUGGCUCUCGAGCUUUCUCGAAACCGGCGGCUUCCCGCUCAUGUUAAUCCCUCUGCUCUUCUGCUUCCUCAACCGCAGACGCAAUCACGGUCGCAACAGCGACGGAAACGCGGGGGUUAUCCUCAUGAAACCGCGUCUGUUCAUGGGCGCCGCCGUCUCCGGUCUCCUCACCGGCGUCGACGACUACAUAUACGCAUACGGGUUAUCGUUUUUACCCGUCUCGACCGCGUCUCUGAUAAUCGCGUCCCAGUUAGCGUUCACCGCGUUUUUCGCGUUCUUCCUCGUCAAGCAAAAGUUCACGCCUUUCUCCAUAAACGCCAUUGUGCUGCUAACCCUAGGAGCGGGGGUAUUGGCUCUACACACGGCUUCGGAUAUUCCGGCGAACGAGACGAAGAAACAGUACGUGACGGGAUUCGUCCUCACGGUCGGAGCGGCUGUUCUUUACGCGUUUGUGCUGCCGCUCAUCGAGCUUUCCUACAAGAAGGCCCGUCAAACGAUCAGUUACGACGUUGUUCUUGAGUUCCAGUUCGUCAUGUGCUUUUUCGCUACACUCUUCUGCUUCGCCGGAAUGCUCAUUAGCGGCGAUUUCAAGAUGAUUCCGAAAGAAGCGGAAACGUUUCAGCUCGGGCCGUCGCUGUAUUACGUGGUGCUGGUGGGGGCGAGCCUGAUGUGGCAAUGCUUCUUCUUGGGAGCCAUCGGGGUGAUCUUCUGCGCCUCGUCCCUGGUCUCGGGGAUCCUCAUCGCCGUCCUGCUCCCCGUGACCGAGGUUCUGGCCGUCGUCUUCUACCACGAGACGUUUUCUUCCGAGAAAGGCGUCUCCCUCGUCCUGUCCCUCUGGGGAUUCGCCUCUUACUUCUACGGGGAGGCGAAAGCCGGGAAGGCGGAAAAGGAUGGGUUGAUCCACGAAGAGACCGAGAUGGGUCGGCUUCCGGGUCCGUAGUUUAAAGUUUGGCCUUGAAGCUCCUUUUUUUUCAGUCUUUUGAUUCAGACAGAACUAAGCUUAGAACUUGCAUUUUUUAUGUGCAGUGUUCAGUUCAGUUCUGUUUUGUAUAAAAAAAAAAUAGUGUUUUGAUUAAAAAAACCCGAUAUUUUCAUCUGAAUAAUUCGAAAGCUCGAAUCUUUGAACAGAUCGAUUGUUUAUUCAA